AUGGCCGAUUCCAACAGUGAUUCCAAGGUAGCUUUCCGGAUGUUCCGUCGUCUGGUUUCGGGAAAAGCUGCUCAACGCCAGUGGUGCGUCGCCUUGGGACACCGGGAAAGUAAAGUCAGCAACGCGGUCAGCCCGAUGCUCAAAACGGCAAAAGGUACACGGGAUUACGAUCCGGUCGCGAUGGCACUGCGGCAGCGAGCGCUCAAGCAGGUGAUCGAUGUGUUCGAACGUCACGGUGCCGUCACGAUUGAUACGCCGGUGUUCGAGCGGAAGGAGCUGCUUCGUGGAAUGUACGGUGACGAUGCGAAGCUUAUUUACGACCUUCAGGACCAGGGCGGUGAGCUGCUGGCAUUGCGUUACGACCUAACAGUGCCGUUUGCUCGUUACCUCGCGAUGAGCAACAUUGGCCACAUCAAGCGGUACCAGAUCGGGAAGGUGUACCGGCGGGACAAUCCGCAGAUUGGCCGCGGUCGGUACCGUGAGUUCUUGCAGUGUGAUUUCGACAUCGCCGGAACGUACGAACCGAUGCUACCGGAUGCCGAGUGUCUGAAGGUGUUGGUCGAUAUUCUGGACAAGCUGGCGGUCGGUGACUUUACCGUGAUGCUCAACCACCGGAAGCUUCUCGACGGGAUUUUCGGUGCAUCGGGUGUACCGGUGGACAAGUUCCGUACGAUCGGUUCUUCGGUGGAUAAACUGGACAAGUUGCCGUGGGAGGGUGUGCGAGAUGAGAUGAUCGAACAGAAAGGGCUCGAUGAGAAGACGGUGGAUCGGAUCAGAACGUACGUCACGCUUACCGGCGGUGUCGAGUUGAUCGAGCAGCUUGAAGAGGACUCCCAGCUGAAGCAUUUUGAGGACGCCAUUGAAGGGUUGCGAGAUAUGCGGCUGCUGCUGAAGUACUGCGAGCUGCUGGGUGUUCAGGAUCGUAUCACCUUCAACCUCAGUCUAGCUCGUGGACUGGAUUACUACACGGGAGUCAUCUUCGAGGCAGUGCUGCGUGCGACGGACGAGAACUCAGUCGGAUCCCUUGCUGGUGGUGGACGCUACGAUAAUCUGGUGGGAACGUUCCAUCGUAAAGAUCAGCAGAUACCCUGCGUCGGGGUAUCGAUCGGAUUCGAACGCAUCUUUUCGCUGCUCGAGAGUAAGGCAUCCCGAUCAGGUGAUCAGCAGAAGGUGCGCAUUGCAGAGACACAAGUGUACGUCGCUUCCGCUCACAAGGGUUUGCUUUUGAAGCGUCUGGAGAUCCUUAACCAGCUCUGGGCUGCUGGAAUCAAGGCGGAACAUUCUUAUAAACGCGAUCCCAAACUGUUGGCGCAGCUCCGAUACUGCGAGGAACAGUGCAUUCCUUACGCACUUAUCCUGGGAGACGCUGAGCUCGCUCGUGGCAUACUGAAACUACGUUCCGUUUCGGACCGACAGGAGGAGGAACUCAAGCUUGACACGUUUGUCAAUGAGGUGUUGGAUCGGCUGCGCAAAGCAGGGCACGAUUAG